CGCGCGUGGAUGUUCCCGCCUCUCGUUCAGUCCCGCCACACGUGAUUCCCGAAUCAAAAAUCCAGUAUGGCGGAAUCUGUCAGACGGCGAUUCUGUGGCAUCUGCGCAUUCCGGGCGAAUUCAGAUGUGUGCCGUUGAUCCCACGAGCGUCCCGCGUCUGCCGCGAUCAGACUCUCAGAUGGAUCAGACUAUGGAGCUUUUGAAACCGUCUGCGUUUGACCACAUUCCCACAGUGGAGCUGAGUUCCGCUCUGCCUGCGAGGGUUCCUCCGGCCGCCAUCCCCAUGGAGCUGCGUGUGGAGCAGACGCAGACGCAGACGCUGGACUCGAGCCGCCGCGAGCAGCAGCUGCAGCACGAGAUGCUGGCGCUCAAACACAAGCAGCAGGUUCAGCGGCAGAUCCUCAUCGCAGAGUUCCAGCGGAAACACGAGCAGCUCUCGCGCCAACACGAGGCCCAGUUACAGGAGCACAUGAAGCAUCAGCAGGAGCUUCUGGCCCUCAGGCAUCAGCAGGAGCUUCUGGAGCAGCAGAGGAAGAUGGAGCAGCACCGUCUGGAGCAGGAGAUGGAGAAACAGCAGCGAGAGCAAAAGCUCCAGCUCCUCAAGAACAAAGAACGUGGCCAGGAGAGUGCAGUGGCCAGUACUGAGGUCAAGAUGCGUCUGCAGGAGUUUGUUCUGAAUAAAAAGAAAGCGCUCGCUCAGCGCAGUCUCAACCAGUGCAUCUCCAACAACCCACGCUACUGGAGCAGGAAAACUCAGCACAGUUCUUUGGAUCAGAGCUCCCCUCCUCAGACCAGCAUUAGUUCCUAUAACCAUCCUAUCAUGGGCGUCUACGACUCCAAAGAUGACUUUCCACUGCGCAAAACAGCGUCUGAACCGAACCUGAAGCUGCGUUCGCGUCUGAAGCAAAAGGUGUCGGAGCGUAGGAGCAGUCCGUUACUGCGCCGCAAAGACAGUCCCAUCAGCACGCUCAAGAAACGCUCUCUGGACAUGGCAGAUUCGGCGUGUAGCAGCGCUCCUGGUUCAGGAUCCAGUUCCCCAAACAACAGCUCACACGGAAACCUGUGCGAGAACAACAUCAGCGUGACUGAGUCGUCUCACAGGCCGGCGGCUCAGGACGGGUCGGUCAGUCUGCUGUCUCUCUACACGUCUCCUUCAUUACCCAACAUCACCCUGGGUCUGCCAGCCACGGCCACCAACAACGUGACAUCUACCCAGCUGGACAGUGAAUGUUUGUCUGUGACCGGUUUACCCAUAAGCUCUCCGUUCCUGGUCACCUCUCACCUGCCAUCAUUUCUUGGCAAUUCGGACACUGCAAACUCCCACAGUGCAUUGCUGCAGCACAUGGUCCUUCUGGAGCAAUCAGCCCCACCGAGUCCUUUGGCCACAGGCGAGAGUGUGUGUGUUGCAGGGGUGGGAGCGGGGUCACUGCAGAAGCUGGGUCAGCACCGGACGCUGGGCCGAACACAGUCGGCUCCUCUGCCCCAGAGUGGACAGGCGCUUCAGCAGCUCGUGGUCCAACAACAGCACCAGCAGUUCCUGGAGAAACACAAGCAGCACUUCCAGCAGCUCCACAUCAACAAGAUGUUGAGUAAACCCUGUGAGCGGCAGCACCAGAGUCACCCAGAAGAGACGGAGGAAGAGCUCCGAGAGCAGCAGGAUGCCACACAGACGGAAACCCUUCCCAUGAGCCUCCACAUCAAACAGGAAGUCCCUGAUCUCACAGAGGAGCAGGGACAGGAAGAACAAGAGCUCUUCAAACAGCAGCAGGCCCUUCUUCUGGAGCAGCAGAGGAUCCAUCAGCUCAGAAACUACCAGGCGUCGAUGGAGGCGGCCGGUGCAUCGGUCAGUUUCCCAGGACACCGUCCUCUGUCCAGAGCCCAGUCAUCUCCUGCGUCUGCCUCCUUCAUCAGUCCACAGGAACAGCCUUCCAAACCUCAAUUUACCACAGGUCUGGUGUAUGACUCUCUCAUGCAGAAGCACCAGUGCAUGUGUGGAAACACCAACACACACCCCGAACACGCCGGACGCAUCCAGAGCAUCUGGUCUCGGCUGCAGGAGACAGGCCUGCGCAGCCAGUGUGAGUGUAUCCGUGGGAGAAAAGCCACAUUAGAGGAACUGCAGACGGUUCAUUCUGAAGCUCAUGUCAUGUUGUAUGGAACCAACCCACUACGGCAGAAACUGGACAGUUCUGUCAUCUCCAUGUUUGUCAGGCUGCCGUGUGGCGGCAUUGGGGUGGACAGUGACACGGUGUGGAAUGAAGUUCACUCGUCGAGCGCAGCGCGUCUGGCCGUCGGUUCUGUGGUCGAACUCGUCUUCAAAGUGGCAUCAGGAGAGCUGAAGAACGGUUUCGCUGUGGUCCGGCCGCCGGGACACCACGCAGAGGAGAGCACACCCAUGGGCUUCUGUUAUUUUAACUCUGUUGCCAUAGCAGCUAAACUCCUACAGCAAAGACUCAAUGUUGGCAAAAUUCUGAUUGUUGAUUGGGACGUUCAUCAUGGCAACGGAACACAACAAGCGUUCUACGACGAUCCCAGAGUUCUGUACAUCUCACUUCAUCGAUACGACGAUGGUAAUUUCUUCCCGGGCAGCGGCGCUCCUGAAGAGGUGGGCAGUGGGCCGGGGGUCAGUUUCAAUGUCAACAUGGCGUUUACUGGAGGUCUGGAUCCACCAAUGGGAGACGCAGAAUACCUCGCUGCCUUCAGGACGGUGGUGAUGCCGAUCGCGAGUGAGUUUGCUCCAGAUCUGGUGCUGGUGUCCGCAGGGUUUGACGCGGUGGAAGGACAUCCUCCUCCAUUGGGAGGAUAUAAACUCACCUCCAGAUGUUUGGGUCACCUGACUAAACAGCUGAUGGGGUUAGCGGGGGGUCGAGUGGUGCUGGCGCUGGAGGGAGGUCAUGACCUCAGGGCAAUAUGUGACGCCUCCGAGGCCUGCGUCUCAGCGCUGCUGGGGAUAGAGCUAGAGCCACUUUCAGCAGACGUCCUGAAGCAGAGACCCAAUGAAAACGCUGUGCGCUCCAUAGAGAAAGUCCUAGAAAAUCACAGUCAGUACUGGAGCUGUGUCCAGCGGGUGGCGUCCAGCGCAGGUUUGUCUCUGCUGGAAGCUCAGAGAGGCGACUCUGAGGAGAACGAGACCGUGUCAGCGAUGGCUUCUUUAUCUGUCGCAGCAUUGGAGAAAAGGACGGAGGAUGAGCCCAUGGAAGAGGAGCCACCGAUGUAGGGACGAGAGUUUAGCCAGAGCUCUUCUGGGUCUCUGUGUCAGUUUGACUUGGUCUCGUCUGACGGAGAUCCUCGCUGAGCAGAGAGAGACGUCAGGGCACAAAGGCUAACCGCCACGUUAGCGCUGUAGCCCGCUAGCACUGUGGCCCCAAUGCAACGCGUUCAAGCUGAAGUCACUUGAGAUGUUUGUUUUUGGAGAUUUCUGUCCCAUUGGCUCGAUGCGCACACCUCGUCGCAGACGUCAGCCGGCAGAUCGUUCUGACAGAGGAGAAGCAGGGCCCAACAAACCCUCUGCAGUCUCUAGAAACUGCUGUUUGUUUAGAAAGACACUAGACACAUUUCACCACCAUAAACACUACAAGACGUGACCACAGCGGGGCGCUGUGACGCUUUACAGGUGUUUCUCAAAGACAGAGUGCCUUUGUUGAGAUUCACCAAU